AUGGCUGGGAGGGGUGUAGUAGGUCCACUGCUGUUUCUCAACCUGAUUUUGUACUCCAUAGUUGUGGGCUUUGCGAGUUGGAACUUGAAUCACUUCAUUAAUGGGCACACAAAUUACCCUGGGGUGGCGGGGAACGGCGCGACCUUCUACUUUCUGGUGUUCGCGAUCCUCGCAGGCGUGGUGGGGGUGGUGUCGAAGCUCGCCGGCGUCAACCACGUGCGAGCGUGGAGGAACGACAGCCUCGCCGCGGCCGCUGCUUCUUCCAUUAUCGCCUGGGCCAUCACUGCCCUAGCCCUCGGGUUAGCGAUAAAGGAGAUACACAUGGGAGGGCACAGGGGAUGGAGACUAAGGGUGUUGGAGGGAGCCAUUAUCAUACUCGGGCUCACCCAACUCAUCUACGUGUUGCUUAUCCAUGCGGGUAUAUUUAGCAGGAGAUACGGACCGGGUUACCGGGCCGAACCCCAUUAUGGGCCCGGUGGACCCGACCCGAAAGGGAGUGUUGUUUAAGUGCCCUUUUGGGGGUGUUCGUUGAGAGUUUAUAGUUAUGGAGGGGAAUUAAUUAGUGGGAGAUAAUGAUGGUUUUAAGUAUCAUUUUGUGUGUGUGUGUGUGUGUAUUUUGUAUGUGCAUGUGC